CGAGACCCGCGGCGACGGAGAGCUGGUGGAAAGGGGAUUCCAGACUAGGGUCGCGGCGCGGAGCCGGUACCCUCUGGUUGUCUGUGGUGUCGGGAUCCUGAGCGGAGCCAGUUGGUCCCUUUUGGUGCUCCUGGGACAGAGCACAAUUUUAGGGGUUUUGAUUUUGGUUUCGUUUUCAAGGGAAGGGGGUGUAAGCGGGGAGGAGAAUGGACAGAAUACGGAUUGGAACGUUAAUUGGAGCAUUUCAGAUGUGAGGAGCCACCUAAUUCCAUAUUCUUCUAAUUUCAUCUGCUCCUUUAUGUUACCUUUAUUUCUGAAUUCUCAAUUUUGAAAUCGGUGUGUGUGUUUGGCAGAAUCUGGCCGAUUUCAGGGGUGACAGUUUAAUCCUAUCCAAGUGCAAUUUAAUUAGGGCAUGCAAUUCAACCACGUGUUUACGAUGGAAUUUCUGAAUUGUGUACUUAGAAGAAAAGCAUGUACUACGGUUUGCUUCUGGAGAAACCAAGCUAUACAAAAGCCUUCAGUUAGAAGGAUUAGUACUACUUCUCCAAGGAACACUGUUAUGCCUGCUUGGGUGAUAGAUAAAUAUGGGAAGAAUGAAGUGCUUCGCUUUACUCGAGACAUGAUGUUACCUAUCAUACACUAUCCAAAUGAAGUCAUUAUCAAAGUUCACGCUGCAAGUGUAAAUCCUAUAGAUGUUAAUAUGAGAAGUGGUUAUGGAGCUACAGCUUUAAAUAUGAAACGUGACCCUUUGCAUAUUAAAACCAGAGGAGACGAAUUUCCCCUGACUCUGGGUCGGGAUGUCUCCGGUGUGGUGAUGGAAUGUGGACUUGACGUGACGUACUUCAAGCCCGGAGAUGAGGUUUGGGCUGCAGUUCCUCCUUGGAAACAGGGCACUCUCUCAGAGUUUGUUGUUGUCAGUGGGAAUGAGGUCUCUCACAAGCCCAGAUCACUCACUCAUACUCAAGCUGCCUCUUUGCCAUAUGUGGCCCUCACAGCCUGGUCUGCCAUAAAUAAGGUUGGCGGCCUGAAUGACAAAAACUGUGCAGGAAAACGUGUUUUGAUCUUGGGUGCUUCAGGUGGCGUUGGUACUUUUGCCAUACAGGUGAUGAAAGCAUGGGAUGCUCAUGUGACAGCAGUUUGCUCUCAGGAUGCCAGUGAACUUGUAAAGAAGCUUGGGGCGGAUGACGUAAUUGAUUACAAAUCGGGAAAUGUGGAAGAGCAGUUAAAAUCUUUGAAACCGUUUGAUUUUAUCCUUGAUAAUGUUGGUGGAGCCACUGAAACAUGGGCCCUGAAUUUACUCAAGAAAUGGUCCGGAGCCACAUAUGUGACUUUAGUGACUCCUUUUCUCCUGAACAUGGACCGACUGGGCAUCGCAGACGGCAUGCUGCAGACAGGCGUCACCGUGGGCUCUAAGACAUUAAAGCAUUUCUGGCAAGGAGUCCAUUAUCGCUGGGCCUUUUUCAUGGCCAGUGGUGCAUACCUAGAUGACAUUGCACAACUGGUGGACAAGGGAAAGGUAAGUGCAGCCUGUUGUAUUGCUAGAGGGUUCCUUGUCAUGUCGGUGACCUGCCCAGCAAGCCUGGUCAGUGGGGAUUCUGCAGAGGUAGGCUCAGGCAUCAUACAUGCUGCCUCACAUGGCCAAAUUUAAGUGCUUCACUUUUGUUUCUGUCUUCGUGGGAAUCAUAGGCAUAGACUGCUGCGUCUGAAAAGAGCUUACACCGUCCAGUGUAACCCUGUUCGUUUGUAGAUGACGAGGCAGGCCCAGAGAGGUUAUGUGAUUUUUCCCAUGGACAGUUUGCUGGUGGUCAGCAGAGCUGGGAUCUACAGCUGGGUUGCUUAUAUUUUGGUGACAGUCCUGGAAAGAAGGCCCCUUGAAGGCAGCCUGCACAGAGGUGGGGGCAUGCUUGUGAGUUUACAAUAAGACUGUCCCCGGAGCUUCUUCAGUCCGCAGACGACAC